CUCUGGCUCAGUCACACAGCGACGUAGAGGUGACUGGAGGUGUAUAGUUGUCCUCACCUGGAUCAUGCUGAUGUGGCCCCAACCCCACCUCCCUACCCAUCCCCACCUCCCUACACACCCCCACCUCCCUACACACCCCAACCUCCCUACCUAUCCCCACCUCCCUACACACCCCCACCUCCCUACACACCCCCACCUCCCUACACACCCCCACCUCCUUACCCAUCCCCACCUCCCUACCCACCCCCACCUCCCUACCCACCCCCACCUCCCUACCCAUCCCCACCUCCCUACCCAACCCAUGAUGUCCAAAGAAACCCAACAGAACAAAUUGGCCGAGGCCAAGGAAAAGUUGACAGACCAUCAUGCCCAGACCAACCCUAGUGUUGGUGCAGGAGCAAGCGACACCAAAAAGAAGAAAAUAAAUAAUGGCACUAACCCUGAGACAACCACUUCUGGUGGUUGCCACUCACCUGAGGAUAAACAACAGAACCGAGCUCAGCUGGAAGAAGAAAAGAAGGCAAACCACCAACAUCAGGAAGCUCUAAGGAGGGAGCUAGAGGCCCAGGUUCAUACCAUACGAAUCCUUACAUGUCAGAAAACCGAGCUUCAGACGGCACUCUAUUACAGCCAGCAAGCUGUCAAGCAGUUGGAAGGAGAGGCCAGGGAUCUGAUCGGCCGCCUGCACGAUUCAUGGAAGUUUGCAGGAGAGUUAGAGGAGGCUCUCUCUGCUGUCACUACACAGAAGAAGAAGGCGGAUAAGUACAUCGAGGAGUUAACAAAGGAGAGGGACGCCCUGAGUCUGGAACUGUACAGGAACACCAUAACCGAUGAGGAGCUGAAGGAGAAAAACGCCGAACUACAAGAAAAACUUCGACUUGUAGAAUCUGAAAAGUCUGAGAUCCAGCUCAAUGUAAAGGAGCUAAAAAGGAAGCUGGAGAGGGCCAAGCUCCUGCUGCCACAGCAGCAGCUGCAUGCAGAGGCUGGCCACCUGGGUAAGGAGCUGCAGAGUGUGUCAGCAAAGCUCCAAGCCCAGGUGGAAGAGAACGAGUUGUGGAACCACCUGAACCAGCAACAGGAGAAGAAGAUGUGGAGGCAGGAAGAGAAGAUACAGGAGCGGGAGGAGAAGAUAAGGGAUAGGGAGGAGAAGAUACGGGAAUGGGAGGAGAAGAUACAGGAGCAGGAGGAGAAGAUAUGGGAGCAGGAGGAGAAGAUGCGGAGGCAGGGGGAGAUGAUGCGAGAGAAGGAGGAGAAGAUACGGGAGCUGGAGGAGAAGAUACACGAGCAGGAGAAGAUACGGGAGGAGGAGGAGAAGAGGCAGGAGCAGGAGAAGAUACACGAGCAGGAGAAGAGGAAGGAGCAGGAGGAGAAGAUGCGGAGGCAGGAGGAGAUAAUGCGAGAGAAGGAGGAGAAGAUACGGGAGCUGGAGGAGAAGAUACAUGAGCAGGAGAAGAUACGGGAGGAGGAGGAGAAGAGGCAGGAGCAGGAGAAGAUACACAAGCAGGAGAAGAUACACGAGCAGGAGAAGAGGAAGGAGCAGGAGGAGAAGAUGCGGAGGCAGGAGGAGAUAAUGCGGGAGAAGGAGGAGAAGAUACGGGAGCUGGAGGAGAAGAUACAUGAGCAGGAGAAGAUACGGGAGGAGGAGGAGAAGAGGCAGGAGCAGGAGAAGAUACGCGAGCAGGAGAAGAUACGUGAGCAGGAGAAGAGGCAGGAGCAGCAGGAGAAGAUGUGGAGGCAGGAGGAGAAGAUAAGGGAGCAGGAGGAGAAGAUAAGGGAGCAGGAGGAGAAGAUGUGGAGGCAGGAGGAGAAGGUGCGGAAGCAGAAAGAUAUGAUGCGGGAGCAGGAGGAGAAGAUACGUGAGCAGGAGGAGAUGAUGCAGGAACAGGAAGAGAAGAUGGGGGAGCAGGAGGAGAAGAUGGGGGAGCAGGAAAAGAAGAUGCAGGAACAGGAGGAGAAGAUGCGGAGGCAGGAGGAGAAGAUGUGGGAGCAGGAAGUGAGGCUGCGGCACCAGGAGGAGAAGAUGCAGGAACUAGAGGAGCACCUGGAAGCUGCCAUCUACCGAGCAAAUGACAAGAACGCAAAAACAAUAAACAUGUAAAAGCCAGCAGCAAGGCCUGGAGAAGAGUAAGCCGCCACGUGACUGUUUAGAAGAGAGUCUGAGCACAAACCUGAAAAAAAACAUUUAUUUAUUUUAAAUUUUGGCAAAAUACUGGGGCCAGGCACGGUGGCUCACGCCUGUAAUCCCAGCAACUUGGGAGACCGAGGUGAAUGGAUGACCUGAGGUCAGGAGUUCAAGACCAGCCUGGCCAAUACAAAAAUUAGCCAGGCAUGGUGGCGCGUGCCUGUAAUCCCAGCUACUUGGGAGGCUGAGGCAGGAGAAUCGCUUGAACCUGGGAGGCAGAGGUUGCAGUGAGCUGAGAUCGUGCCACUGCACUCAAGCCUGGGUGACAGAGCGAGACUCCGUCUCAAAAAAAAAAAAAGUUUCUUCCUUACAUGUAUGUUUCUAUUGUGUUUUUUCUUGGUCUUUCUCGUUUAGUCUUGUGUUGUCUUAUGGCAUUCCUAAUAAACUUUGUUCUGCCUCC